AUGGAGAUGGAGUCAGAUGAUGCUCAAUGUGGCUCAAAUGUAGCUGUGCUAGGGCCACAGUCGGAUCCUGACUCCGUGCUGUCAACCGCUGCUGGGCUAAUUCGUAAUUACGACUAUUUGGAAGCGCUCUCUCUCCUGCGUGACUUUGAAAAGGUAUACACGGAUAAUGGUGAUGCCGAGGCGUUAUCGCACAUCUCCGGGUUGCAGGCGGAAAUUCAUGUGCUGUUGGGUGAAUACAAGGAAGCCAUGCGUUGUCUCCAACGUUCGACAUUCAGCCGAACCUCUGCCCUUGCGGCCGCCGGGGUGGCUUUGCACGUAAAGCCGAAGUCAAAGGCAACUGAUUUGUCCGCUUCGAUUUCUGACAUGUUGACAAGGUGCAUGUCAAACUGUUCAGACGAGGACCACAUUCCCCCGAAUACUCACGCUUUACUUCUUGAGUGGUCACGGCGCGCUGGACGUCUCUCGCAACUGCACGACUGGACAGUGCGUGCGAAAAAGCGUGGUGGAGGAAUUCGCUUUUUUCGUGAUUACCCGUCCUUGGCCCCGUAUUUGCGCACGAUAGCGUUGUUGCAGUGCGAAUGGCUUGUAGACUGCGGAGCUUCACAGGAAGGGAUCAUUCCGUAUGUCACAUUGGAUCCUCUGAGCUAUAUGGAUCCUGCGUCUGACAGUGGCACGGCACUGAUUCGCAGUAUUUGCGACGGCGUAGAGUAUGCGCUUCACCGUGAGCGGCACUUUGUCUUUUAUGCGGGUUCGCUGCCACUAUCGCUGAUAUGUUUAACGCGCCAUCUAAAAGAAUUAGGUGGCAGCACGCUCGAUCGGCUACAUAGUAAGAGAAGGGUGAACGUCGUCGACGGUGAUGGUGCAAGUCGGAAUACGGAAUCUCCGGAGGAGCGGGUGUUCGUUAAAACAAAGGCGGCCGAGAGGCCUACGAAAUUUAUGCGCCUCACUCCGACAAGCUAUGAAUCACGGCCACGUAGAAGGCGGAUUGUAGGCUCACGGAGAGGAAGCGCCUGGCCUUGUAGACGCAAGCAGCGCAUGUCACUGGAGCGCACGGGUCGUUAUCCACGCCAUUUGAUGCCGUCACGCGGCAUGGAGAAGCGUGUGUCACAUAUUAUAUCGGAACGGUUACGCAUGCACUCACAUUGGUCGUUCUUCGAGCUGGGGAUGUUGUUUUUCGAGGUGCUGUCACGGUAUCAUCACCUAUUGGCGAGGAACCGAGAGAUGUACACGUUAUAUUUGUGCCUCCUGUUGCAUUACAUUAGGAGAGGCCUUUCGUGGCGAUACCAGUCGCAGUCAAUGUCAAAUGGAUGCCUUUUUACGCCCUCGCCUCCGGUGGAUGCUUGGCUGCUGAAUGACCAUGACCCCAUCUGCGUGCGCUUCCGCCAAACACUGAGGCUUUGCGGCCCCAGCGUGCUCUGCCUUAUCGCGGAUGUGAUACGGUGCCCAAGUGCCGCAUUGGCGGACUUAAGCGAUGGUCUUCCCGUUGGCAGCCCUGCGGAGCUGCUGAACGCGGCCUUCGGGCAUUUGAGCUCGCUGCUGCUGUUGCUUGCGAGCCCCAGUGGAGCGCAAACGGACCUUGGAGACGUAGUUCUGAGGGCGCGCGUGUUGUUCGUCAUGGCUAAGCGCCUGAUACGUGAGCAUCUUCCGCGUCGAGGUGCGGUGUUGGGGCCUCGCUGCCGAAGUGCCUUGCGGGCACUUAGUGACACGGAGAUAUGCCUGAAAGCGUUACAUGCCUCCGCACAAGCGCAGAGUUACGUUGGCAUGAGAAGCAAUGUACAUCUGCUGUUGUGCCUGCGUCACCGAGGUCGCAAAGUGAACUUCCACAAUUCGCUGACGCAUGGCAGUUUCGACCUUGGCGCCGCUGCCGUGGACCGCCGGUGGUUAAGUGUCUUGCGUACGCUUCAAGGCUAUAGCAUGCACGCUUAG